AUGAUGCAUACCUACAAACCGACCCAGAUUGCUACAUGUCUCAAUCAUUCCCAUGUUCUUUACGUCGGCGAUUCCAUCAUGCGAGAACAGUUUUAUUCCAUGUCUCGGUUCAUCCACUGGUACGACGUCAAAGGCCCGCUGCACAUUGAUCGGAAAUACGAGUUCAAGGAUCAUGGCCUCACCUAUGAAUUUUGGUGGGAUCCUUUUAUCAACUCCACACGCACCCUCGAUAUGCUGAGUGGCAAGGAUCCUCACACCCGACCGAGUUUGCUCGUCAUCGGCUCCGGCGUGUGGUAUAUGCGUCACCUUGGUGAUAAAUACUUUGACGAAUGGCAGAAAGCCGUCAAUCGGGUUUUUGACGCUGUGCAGAACAACUCGCCAGCUGAUGCGGUGCUUCUUUCUCCCGUGGAAAUGUUGCAGUUCGAUUUACUGACUCCCAUUCGACAAGAGACCUUGACGGUCGAUAAGAUCAACACCAUGAAUGCUUAUUUGAAAGAUCGCGAAGCUUCUUUAACACGAAGUGUGCCAUUUUCGGUGCCUUUUGUUUGGAAUAACAUCGCUGCCGGUGCUACCAAUAUGACCCUUGAUGGUCUUCACUAUCUUUCACCGGUCACAGGCAUUCAGGCCGAAUUGGCCCUCAACUUUCGAUGCAACGAAGGACUUGGCAAGGAAUUCCCCAUGGAUCACACAUGCUGCUACCGUUACCCGGCACCGCAUUGGUAUCAAUUCAUUUGGUUCAUCUUCUUUCUUUUAUGGAUACCUCUUGGGUUUUAUUUGGCUUCUGGUCACACACAUCGGUUCUUGUCUCGCUUAUACCCUUCCGAUGUGUCGGUUUUGCAGGCCAUUUUCGUGUUUGGGCUCAGUGUGAUUUACAUGUAUUUUGGAGAUCGCACGCACAUCUUUGCCAAGGCGCACAAGUAUUUUGAUGUCAACACAUUUGCAAUACUGAUGUUCGUGACCCUGUUGGGCGGACUGGUGUCCCUGCGGUCGAAAAAGGAAGGCGAUCAAGGGUUCCUUAACCGAGCUCAAACAAACGAAUGGAAGGGAUGGAUGCAGGUCAUCAUCUUGGUCUAUCAUUUCACCGGGGCUUCAGGCACUCCCGGCAUCUACAACGCGGUCCGCGUUCUGGUGGCUGCGUAUUUGUUCCAAACCGGUUACGGUCAUUUCACCUUCUUUUACAAAAAGUCGGAUUUUGGUAUCAGCCGUCUCCUCAACGUGAUGGUGCGACUGAAUUUGUUGACCUUUGUUCUCGAAUACGUCAUGGAUACCAACUACAUCAGCUACUAUUUCACACCUCUCGUGUCGUUCUGGUUCUUGGUCAUCUGGCUUACUAUGUGGAUCGGUCACAGCCAUAACAAAAAGUGGUGGUUCAUCGUGCUGAAACUAGGCAUCAUGUCCAUUUUUACCGGUUUGUUUAUUCAUCAGCCCGGUGUGUUGGAGACUCUCUUUGAUGGUCUGAAGUGGAUGUUCAACAUUGAUUGGAAUGCGGGCGAAUGGCGGUUCCGACUUGCACUGGAUGCAUGGAUCGUCUACAUCGGUAUGCUCUGCGCCUAUGCCUACAUUAAAUAUGCCGAGAACAGCUGGCAUGAACACAGACUGUGGACACCUGUGAAAUAUACCGCCAUGGUGGCCUCCGUCUUGGCCGUGGUCUGGUAUUUCAUCUUUGAACUUUCGCAACCCGACAAGGCCACCUAUAACAAAAAACACCCUUACAUUUCAUGGAUUCCCAUUCUUGCCUUUAUCGUGCUUCGCAACACUACUCAACGACUCCGUAACACGACGUCUGCUUUCUACGAAUUUAUCGGCACUUGUUCGCUGGAAACUUUUAUUGGCCAGUUCCACAUGUGGCUGGCAGCGGAUACCAAAGGAUUGUUGGUCGUGCUUCCAUGGUCGACGCCAGGGAUCCAAUGGUGGGUUAAUUUGGCCGUUUCCAGUUUUAUCUUUGUGGUGAUAUCGCAUCACCUCAGCGUCAUUACACGAUGGAUCUGCUCUACCAAGGCCAAGGAAGUUCGCGCUACUCCCACCCAUGCUCCUUCGGGAGCUGAAUACCAAGCGCUUCCCUUGCUACCUACCUCCAAAAGUGAAGAUUCCGAAACCGUGAUGGAUCCUCCCGCCAACCACCCUGCACCCUCCGCAAGUGACAUUAUUUUCGAAGUCCCCAAAUCGGUGGAAGAUACCAUGCCUGAUAGUGAUAUCCGAUUAGACGAGGAAUGGGGAGCCACCGAAAAGCCAGCAUCCAAAAUGGCUACUGUUUGUCGCGCCGUAUACCAUAGUUUAUGGUUGCGAACAGUAUUAUUCUUGAUCGGUGCUGGUAUCAUCAAUAGAUUCUGUUAG